AGUCUCGUUUUGAAAACCUCUGAAAGAGCUUCCUUUCACAGAUCUGGCAAAAUAUGAGCACUUCCAGCAUGAGCAAGGAGGAGCUGUACGCGCAUUUCAAAGGACUGGGCAAUGACGCCUUCAAAUCUCAAAAUUUCCCUCUUGCGAUUGAGCAUUAUACAAGUGCCAUCAAGGAGCUCGAAUCGGAAGAUGGACACGAAGAUCUUGCCAAGAAGGAUGAUGUGAAUAUCAUGAGCGAGAACCUAGAGGACGUGAGGACACACAGCCACAAGCACGCGCACGCGUUGGCGAUUCUAUACUCCAACAGAGCUCAGGCACAGUUGAAGUUGGAGAACUACGGUUUGGCGAUCAACGACUGUACCAUUUCGUUAGACCACGACAGUUUAUUUGUGAAAAGUUUGUACCGCCGUGCGGUUGCCAAUUAUGCAAUCAGGGACUUGCAAACUGCGUUGAAGGACUGUAAGCAAGCAAGGGCCGCUGCGCCUAAUGAUAACAAAAUCAAGGUGUUGACCAACGAGAUUUCCCAGGAGCUCAAAAGACUGAGAUUUGAGCAGGCCAUAGAUGUUGUCGAAAAGAGUGUUUUCACCUCUCUAAAUUGGGACGACAUGGGCACCCCUGAUGCAGAUAGCAAGGACGUGAAGCAGUCUUUGGAAGUAGAGGUGACCGACGAAAAGAAAGGUGACAUUGUCAUCAAGGCGGGACUAACCCAGAAAUACAUCAACAAUAUGAUCGAGGUGUUCCGUGACGGCGGGAAGUUGAACAAACACGACGCCUUUGCUAUUGUGAAUGCAGUGAACACUAUCUUCAAACAGGAGAAAGCACUGGUCGAUAUAGGAUUCAAGAAGAAGACCAACCCCAACAGCGACUACUUGCACCUGGAAAACGUCGAGAAGUUGACAGUCUGCGGUGAUACGCAUGGCCAGUACUACGACGUUUUGAACAUUUUCAAAACUUUUGGCGAGGUUGGUGAGAAGCACGCAUACUUGUUCAAUGGUGACUUUGUGGACAGAGGGUCCUGGGGAUGUGAGGUUGCAUUUCUGUUAUACGCUUUGAAGGUAUUGUACCCAACCAGGAUAUUCAUCAACAGAGGUAACCACGAAACUGACGAUAUGAACUCCGUCUACGGGUUCAAGGAUGAGUGCAAAUUCAAGUACAACGAGAGAUUGUUCAAGUGCUUUAGUGAAUCGUUUGGGAGCUUGCCAUACUGCACGUUGAUCAACGACGACUACUUGGUGAUGCACGGUGGCUUGUUCAGCGAUGACUCCAUCACGUUGAACGACCUACGUAAGAUCAACAGACUACACCACACCCAUGGACAGCCUCCAAAGACAGGUGUUGAAAUGGAGUUGCUCUGGACUGAUCCUCAAGUCGAGGAGGGCAGGUCGUUGUCGAAGCGUGGAAUUGGCCUCCAGUUUGGGCCGGACAUUACCAAGAAGUUCGUCGAAAAGAACGGUUUGAAGGGUAUCAUCAGGUCGCAUGAGGUUAGACAGGAAGGUUACGAGUGGGAACACAACGGCUUGCUCUGUACCGUGUUCAGUGCGCCUAACUACUGUGACGCCCAGGGCAAUUUCGGCGCUGUGAUCGAGAUGACCUGUCCCGAAGGCGACGGAGAGAUGAAGCUUGAGAGCUUGAAGUUUGAAGCUGUGGAGCAUCCAAAUAUUCCUCCGAUGAAAUAUACCAAAAACCAGUUCGGCUUCUAGACGUAUAUGUAGACAUCCAGAAAAGACAGAUACCGAGAUAGAUGUAGUGUUACGUGUACAUGUAUAUUUAUGUGAAGAUGCAUGUAUUAUUAUGCAUUCACUUGGUCGAGAUCACGGGCAUGGACAUGUCAAUUGUCUCAAAGAGAAGAUACCGAUGGAGGCACGCAGUAUAUUCUUCAAGCUUGAGAGCAACUGUGGGGUUUGUCUCGGAAGAGUUGUAGAGGGGGGCA